CUGGGUGAUGCUGUCGGAGGACGGCGCGGGCUUCACGCCACUGCCCGGAGAGAAGACGCUAUACACGAGUCCGCCACGUACGGCACUGAGCUUGCAGAGCUUGAAUAAGAACGGGGCAGAGACGUAUUCGGUGAAUAGUGGUGGGGGCGUUGUGUUCUUGUCGAAUCGACGGCUAAUAUACCUCCCAUCCACCCCCUCUUCCUCCCUCCAAUCCUUCGCCUCCCCCAUCCUCAACCUCCACGACACCCACGUCACAGCCCCGUGGUUCGGUCCCAACGUCUGGUCCGCCCUCGUCCAGCCCGUCCCCAACGGCGGAAUACCUCCCUCGCACGCAGCCCUCGAGCUCAAGCUCACCUUCAAAGAAGGCGGAGCCUUCGACUUCCACACGGCCUACGAACGGCUAAAAGAACGGCUGGCACAAGCAGUGGAGAGUGCGCGGGAGGAAGCUCCUUCUACAGGACCAGAGGGGGUCGACUGGAACCGCGUUCAUCUGGAAGACUUGCCGGCAUAUGAAGCGCCAAGUACGGCGUCUGUAUCAGCGACGGAGAGCGUGCCGAGUUCGCCGAUGAGUCCUGGCCAGAGGAGUGGGAGCGUGGGUUUCGGGCUUGAGGCACAGGCGAGAAGGCCGAGUGUGCAGAGUCCGAGGGAGGAGACGUUCCCAACGCCUGUGGAGCCGCCGCCAGGGUAUGAGGAGGUGCAGAGGGGAAGUAUUGUUGAGGAGCUGGAAAGGAGGAUUAGGAGUGGGGAGACGGAGGAGAGGUAACAGGAAGGAAGGCUAUCUUGUGCUGGUGGAUAGGGAUUGGCGUAUGAAGGAAUGGGAUGUUAUCGGAUGGGAUGGAUGAUCCGGGUAGGGCAGCAUGGCGUUGGAUUGGACUUUCGAAGAUGGACGUCUACUUCUAGAGCUAGAGGUGUGUUGUCACCAUGGCAAAGACUGAGGGGUGGGAAUCUGCUUCUUGCCGUUCAAGAUCAAGAUGUUCCUUCGUCAAAAUAGGGUGUCUAUCCCGUGCCUAGGUACUUUGGGCGUUCGUACGAGAUGCUUCUGAAGACGCGGAGUAUUGUCCCAAAAGCUUCACGACCUCGGUGUUGUAAAUCGGCUCGCCAGCUCUCCCCACAACUCCAACCCCGGUGUCCACCUGACUUUGAUUACUUUCGCCGCACGGUGGCCGUUUCGCUUUUUGAGGUCCUGUGACGUGCAUUGACAUGUGAAGACGGGCGAGGUACGGGAGACUGCGUGACUCAAUAAAUCCACC